AUGAGUCUCAACGACAUGACUGUCAAACCACCAACUAGUGGGUCUGCUCUGUUGCAGUUCUUUACAGCAGCGCUGCGCCAGGAAAGCAUGGCCGGCUCUCAACAGAGAUCCGACUUCAGCUCCGAAGAGGACGAUGAUAUAGUUCACGUGAAUGACGAAGGCAGGGGAUCGAUUCGCCGGACGCUGAUCCGACAAGAGUCCAUCCAUGGACUGGGUAUCCACUCGGAUGUGGAAGACGAGGACUUUAGUGGCGAUGAGGAUCACCGCCGUCAACAUGAGAAUCACCGCCGUCAACAUGAGAAUCGUGAGCCCGAGAGGGAACGUGCUAUGAGUGAAGAUGGUGACAUCUCAAAAUCCACUAACGCUAUUUCCUAUGGCUCCCCGAGAGAUAAGAAGACUAUCGCCGAAAAGUUGCAGGCAGCAUUUGGUUUUCCGGAAGUUGAGGAGUUCGUUGGAGAGUUCUCGUGCGAGCUGGCCCGGUCGGUGCUUCUUCGUGGAUAUAUGUAUUUGACGUCAAACCAUAUUUGCUUCUACGCUAACCUCCCGGGCAACCAGGAUGUCGUUCAGAAGGAGGGAUAUUUCUUGAAAAAGUCGAAAACCACCAAGCAGUUUACGCGCUACUGGUUCAUCCUUAAAAACGACGUGCUCAGCUAUUACUCAAACCAGAGCGAUAUCUAUAGCCCCAGCAAAACGAUUGCUCUCAAGCAUGCGCUUUCUGCUGAACCUUCGCCCAAAAAUGAUCUCGACUUUCAUAUCUUCAUGAACAAUCGAAAGUACACCUUCAGGACAGAUUCUCCGCUACUAAAAAUGGAUUGGGUCAAGGCCAUCUCAAAUUCUAUCUUUCAUGCCGGAAUGAAGGGUGAAAAAGUCAAAAUCUCGAUCCCGCUGGGUAAUGUGCUGGACAUGGAAUUGAACACCAUGGCUUUUGCACAGGCGAUCCAUGUGAAGGCGGUGGAAAGUGAUGAAUCAUUUGCUGUUGAAGAUUUCUAUUUUGCCUACUUCAAUGACGCUCCCAAGACAUUAGCUGCCUUGAAGACCCAAUUCGAGAAGUACCAACAGGACAUACUGCAGAACCACAGCCUUAAUCGAGAUCACAAGAUCUUUGACAGUACCUCUCUCAGCACGAGUGCUUCGGUGAAAACGGGAGCAACCACUGCGGAGGCUGCGGGACCUGUGCGCCAUCGUCCUAAAUUGCUUCAUCCUGACAGAAUCAAGUUCGGCUCGAGGAGUAGCAGCCCUUGUAGAUCACAGCCAACAUCGGAUACGGAAGAUAAUGAGAAGGAGAAAUACCGGCACGCGCUAUCCUUCUCCAUUCGCGGUACGACCAGCUGGCUCAGCGAUCACAAGUCCGACUUUGGUGCUGCGGACUCUUCCAUGACAACGAGCGAGAAGGAACAGGAGGCAUUCAGGAAGGACUUCUCUUUGCCGGAUUCUGAAGGACUGAGCGCUGUCGUUUCUGGAUAUCUCUUGCGCAUUGUUCCGCUUUCGGGACACGUCUAUCUGUCUGACAAUUACCUCUGCUUCAAGUCUAAAUGUCUUCUCACCAAGAAAGACGACGAAAUCUUUUUUGAUUUUUCUUCGACUGAGACCCGUAACACCAUUUUGAACACACUCAUUGACCGCACCACUCCAGAAGCCCAGGCGCGUCGACUAAAAUUACGCACACAGUCUCUGGCCGCUGAAACGCCGUCCUCUGAGUUGGAUGAUCCUAUGGGACCUCGUGUCACGGACUCGCUAUUGCUUCGGGAGGAACCCAUUCAUGUCGAGCGUAUGUCCUGGGCCUCAUAUCCGGGCAAAACCGCGAGACCAUUGCACAUCACUUGCUUGACCAUCGGUAGUCGUGGAGAUGUGCAGCCUUACAUCGCUCUGUGCAAGAGGCUGAUGAAGGACGGACACAAGUGCCGUAUUUCCACACAUGGCGAGUACAAGGAUUGGAUCGAGGGCCAUGGAAUCGAGUUUGGCCUAGUUGGGGGUGAUCCUGGAGAGCUUAUCGAGCUUUGCGUCGAGAAUGGGAUGUUCACGGUAUCCUUUAUUCGCGAGAGUCUUAAAAGAUUCCGCGGCUGGUUGGAUGAGCUCUUGGAUACGGCCUGGGAGUCAUGCCAGAACACGGAUGUUUUGAUCGAAUCUCCCUCGGCCAUGGCUGGUAUCCAUAUUGCGGAGCGACUCGACAUCCCUUACUUCAGGGCUUUCCCCUUCCCUUGGACGCGCACACGCAACUUCCCCCAUCCCUUUGCUGUGCCUGAACACAACCUCGGUCGCUCAUACAACUACAUGACUUAUGUCAUGAUCGAGCAGGUCUUUUGGAAAGGCAUCUCUGGUCAGGUGAAUAAAUGGCGAAAGGACACGCUUGGUCUGGGGCCGACCAGCUUGGAGAAGAUGGAUGCCCACCAUGUGCCUAGUCUGUAUUCAUGGAGUCCCCAUCUCGUUCCAGCACCAGGCGACUGGCACUCUUGGGUCCAUGUCACAGGGUACUGGUUCCUCGACAACCCUGAUCUCACUUGGACACCUCCCAAGGACUUGGUUGCGUUCUUGAAGGCCGAUCCUAACAACAAACCGGUUUAUAUCGGCUUUGGAUCGAUGGUCGUGCCCGACCCUGAUGGCAUGACGAGGGCGAUCAUUAAUGCCGUCGUCAAAUCUGGGGUACGCGCUAUCAUCUCCAAAGGAUGGUCGGAUCGCCUGACUAGUCAGGACGAUCCUCUGUCCGCGGCCAGUAAGGCGGCCAGCGAAGAGAUUGUGUACCCACCAAGUAUUUACAUGCUCAAGUCCGUUCCCCACGACUGGCUCUUCCCUCAGUUGGCAGGGUGUGUGCAUCAUGGAGGUGCAGGUACGGCAGCAGCCGGUCUGCGCGCAGGCAUCCCCACGGUGAUCAAACCCUUCUUUGGCGACCAGUACUUUUGGGCGCAGCGCCUUGAGGAGGCUGGCGUGGGUGUUUGGUGCCAUGAACUGACGGUUAAGAAGCUAACAUCGGCCCUGGUGACGAUUACGACGGACGAGAAGAUGAUCAGGAAAGCGCAGAUGAUGGGGGAGAAGAUCCGCGCAGAGGAUGGAGUCGGCGAGGCAAUCCAUUACUUGUACCACGACUUAACCCUUGCCAAGGGUCGCCUCCACAAGCUCCGCAAGGAGAAGGCCGAGGACACGCCUGUGAAGUUUAAGGUGCAGGAGGCAGGGGAUGACUGGUGGAUUGUUCAGCCUUCCUCGGGAGCUAGUGGGGCGACCUCAGGAAACGAGGGAUCUGAGAGUACAGCUGGAUUGAAUAUGUUGUCCGGUAGUGAGGAAGAUAUGGUCUCGAUACCCUCGGAGCAUACGACACCUCAGUUAGGUGCCUUUACUGAUCUCCAGCAUUCUGUCUCCCUUUACGAAAGGGCUCAUUCGAGAACAGGAUCGGAUGCUGAACCUCUUUCGCACAGCACGAAACAGUCUGCGACGGAUCCGGGCUCUGAUCGUGCCAUUGAGAUGAUUGAGAAGAGCGACCAGAGUGCGGAGGAGCUCGCUGCACAGCUUGAAGCCAUGCAUCUACCGAGCAGGAGUCCACUGCCGUUCUUUGCACAUGCAUUUGGGCAAGGAGAAAGCGCACACGACAAGGGCAAGGACAAGAGUAAGGAUGGGAACAGCAAGUCCGUCAAGAGAACAUCGACAGCGCGCAAGGUGAUCGAGACCUUGGCGACAAAGGCGACACAUGUGACGGGAUACUUUAGUCCCAGUAAUCUUCACCCGCAUGCGUCACAACAGCCUACACCGCCUCCUCUUUUGAUCGAUCCUCCUCAGCCAUCUGGCAGCAGCGUUAGCAGCAAUAACAGUACCACCAGUACGCCUGUAUCGAGCGUCAGUGGCGAUCGACCGUUAUCGAGCAGGUCACAGCACAAAGCGACGCCGUCGUUUGAUGCGAAGGACGCAUCCAAGGUGGCGAUCAACCUGACCACUGCCAACAGGCUACGAUAG